AUGGCCACACCACCUGCUUCUCAGCGAGACUCCCAACUGAUUGUCUCGCAAGAUCUCCCACCUCCUUACACAGACUGCGUAUCUUCCAGCAAACGCGAUCGUCUAGAGAAGCAAAUGUUAGAACUACCCCCAACCCCAAGGGCAGCAGCUGCCGACGAUAUGCUGGUCGAGGAUUCGCCAUCAAGGCAUGUCGACUACCUAUCGCACGACUGGAGCGAGGAGGAUAUCCGAGCAUCCCGGCGAUAUGUGCGCUCUCACAGAGACAAGUACGAGAACAAUGCUAGACUAGAAAAUGCUGCCUGGAGGGCAUGGGCAAAACUAAGAGACAACCUUGGUACUAUCUCCCCAGCUGCGCUGAACUGGUUGAAGGAUUCCGAUGAUACGUUCUUAUAUGGACCUCUCAAAACGUCUCAUAUAGAGGCAAAGCCGGCCAAGGUCCCGCCCUCUACAAGCUAUUGCCGGUCGCGAAAACAUUGCCGCGAGCAUAAAUCGAUUUUAAAGAAGAGGACCGCGUCUGAGACGAUGCUGCAACGAUCUCCAUGUCCACAUCUGCGAGGCGUGAGCUCCACUCCGAAACCAUCAGCAGCUGAGCGGUCUCGCAAUUCUCCAAGACGCCCUACUCAACAGGAGCCUAGACCCAUGAUACAUAGAUUGUAUGACCUGGUGAAACCUCCCCGCGGCAGUCAGUCAGCGAGCAAAACGUCAGCUUCUGGAACUGAUUUGCGCAGUGGGAAGCGCCAUAUCCAUUUUAAUCAAGAGGUCAUGCAAUGCAUUUCUAUAACAAAGGAACAGGAAGGAGGAGAGAAACAAUGCCUCGAGUUUGGAGAUGAGCUCUCCUGGGAUAAAUCCUAUAUCGUGAAACUGGGGGAUUCAAGCGCCAGGAACGAAACAAUUGCUCCGCUGCCUCCGACUACGCUCAAAUGUUAUGGUGAUGCCCCUGAGUCGCAGCCGCCAAUUGCUGCUUGUUGGUCGUGGAAAAGGUAUAUCCCAAUGUAUUAA